UGUCCCUUUACAUCCACUGCACACUGAUUUUGAUAAGCUCCAGCUGAAUUACACUAAUCCUUCAAGAACCCUCACUGCCUGAAGUACCUCACGUCCGAAGGGAAAACUCACACUCUGAAGUGAAAUUUUUGCUAGUUUUUAUUUUGUUUUUUGCUGUUUGUUGAGGAUCACUAUACAUUUACAGUACAAUGACUUCAACCCUGAGAAGAGUGUACCACAUCACAGCAUUCAGCUGGUACGCUUUCAUUGUUAAGUCUCUGGCUGCUAAGGAUGGAGAGGAGCUCCCACCAGGAAUCUUUGUUUACGGAGGACCUUGGAAGUACCUCACGUUUUUGAAUUUGCUGCUACAAAUGACAUUCUUUGGACUGGCCACAGUGAACGAUCUGCAGCCUGGGAAGAAGUCCGAGAGCACACUGAACAGAUGUAAAGACCUUCUCUUCUCCGUCUUUGCCUUCCCUGUGGGCAUGUUUGUUGUUCUACUUUUCUGGACGAUCUUUGCCUACGACAGAGAACUAGUCUACCCAGCUACCAUUGACACCUUCUUCCCCCCCUGGAUGAACCAUGCUAUGCACACAUUUGUCCUUCCUGUUUUACUUGGAGAAGUGCUGGUGCAGCCUCACACCUACCCUCAGACCAAACAUGCGCUGGCAGCGUUGGGAGUUGUCGGUCUGUCUUACUUAUUCUGGAUUGUAUGGGUGUACUUGUCUGUUGGGAUUUGGGUGUAUCCCCUUCUCGGGCACUUCAGCACCAACGGCCUCAUGGGCUUCUUCUUUUUCAACAUGUCAGUGGUGACAUUGCUCUACGUGCUCGGGGACAAACUCAACAGCCAUGUCUGGAGUAAGGGCAGAAACAGGAUGACAACCAAAGCAAAGUAGCCAAAUUCAUUUUCUGUGGCACAUAAGAAUGUUCGAACAGUUAACCCUAAAAAGCAUGAGUAUGUAACUUUUGGUAGAGGCGAUAACACACAUUUUC